UAGAGGCAGAGGAGUACAUUAGUUGAAAAAAAGAGAGAAAUUGCCGAACAAGUCAUGAAACAUUUGUUUUUGGAUUUAGUAUUUGUUUUGUUGUUUUGGGUGAAGUGGUGUUUAGACUUUUUAGCAACGCUUCCUCUCACCUUUUGUUGCAACCAUAUGAAUUCUCCUCCAUCCAUUAAAACCAGAACAAACACACUUUACAUUAGAAUGACAACUUUCUCAUAUUUAAUUUCCUCAAUCAUCCUCGUAUCACUACAUGGAACAAAAAGUGAAGACUUCACAUGUGGAACAUCAUCAUGCGAAACCUUUGGACUUCCAAUCAGAUUCCCGUUUUCAACAAACCAGCCAAACCAAAUCAAUCUAUGUAGUUACCCAGGUUUCGAACUCACCUGUAGCAACACCAUCACCACCACUUUCAGUGAACCUUUACUCACUCUUCCAAACUCCGAAACCUUUGUCGUAAAACACAUAUCUUUCAUUGACCAAACAGUUUGGGUCAACGAUCCAAACAAGUGUCUUCCCAAACGUUUCAUGUCUGACCAUCAUCAUGAUUUCAUGUUAAACCUUAAAGAUUCACCGUUUCGGUUAAGUGAUUACUACACUUUUGUUAAUGUUUCGUUCCUAAAAUGUCCUUCGAAUACAACUGUUUCAUCUAUGGUACAUCGCAUAAGUUGUUUGAACGUUGAUUAUCCGGUGGUGGCUAUGAGGUCUGACGAUACUCCGUUUGCAACUCCAUGGACAUCUUUGUGUGAGUUUAUUACGUCGGCUAUGGUGCCAGUUGAAGACACAAACUGGUUGUUCUGGAAUGAUUAUUACUCAAAUAUACCGUUGCAGUGGGAUAAUCCAGAUUGUGGAAGUUGUGAAGAACGUGGAGGAACGUGUGGUUUGGUUGGGGAAGAUGUUCUUCGUCUUGCUUGUUAUGAUCUUCCCAAACAAGAUGUAGGUCUAUCAAAGAAAGUGAAGUAUGGUUUAAGUAUGGGUCUGGCAAUACCUGCACUGCUAGGUAUUAUUAUACUAACAUGGAUGCUAUGCAACAAUAAGAACACAAGAAAUCAAGCACAAAACCAACGUCAAACAGGAACAGAAUUUUCAACUCUGGUUAUGCCUCAUCCCCCAAUUGUUUUUAUGGGCCUUGAUAAUGCAAGAAUUGAAAGGUAUCCUAAAAUCCAACUUGGUGAAAGUGGACGAUUGCCUAGGCUUGAUGAUAAUAUUUGCUCCAUAUGUCUUUGUGAGUAUCAGCCCAAUGAAGUAUUGAGGACUAUUCCUGAAUGUAAGCACUAUUUUCAUGCUAAUUGUAUAGAUGGAUGGCUCAAGACAAAUGCUACUUGCCCUUUGUGUAGAAAUUUUCCAGAGAUAUCUACCUCGUUUGCUUCGGUUUUGCCUGUAUCUCCGACUUUGUAAUAAUUGUUAUUCUGAUUACAUACUACUCAGUCCUUAUAGGUAUGUUAGAUAUUACUGUUAUUAUUUAGCUAUAACUGGAUAAGGUAAGUGCAAUCUAUUCAUCUAGCAAAAUUUGAAGAAUUUUGCACAAUUUUUAGUCAUGGUUGGAAUUAACAGUUUUUAGUCAAUAUUAGAAUAGGAUCAAACAUAUUACACACUUUCAUGAGUAUACAGUUGGAAAUUACUAGUGUCAAGUAUUAGUAUAACAGACAAAGUAACUAUAUGCUUGACUUACAUAUACAAAAAACUCUCAGGACAAGCAUUAACGCCUAUAGUUGCAACCAAGUUGGUCAAUUCCAAAUAAAAAAGAAUGGGCAUUUUUUUUUGUAGCAAUAAUAAACAUUGAACAAGCAAGACAAAAACAACACUUAAAUGUUUCUUUGGCCUUAUUGACACAAAUUUUUCAAACAUAACCUUAACCAUUGGAUUCAAAUAAGGUCUAGGAAAUAAGCAUUCUAUAAUAGAAUCUUUGGAAGUAAGAUUAUCAGGAAUAGAUUAAGGGAAGUUGGUAUUCCAAAAAAGACUAGGCAAAUUGUUAUGGAAUCUAUCUAUUCUAUGAACAUGAAGGUGUUAUCGAAUGGUAGGAAA